UCCGGACUGUCUCGGGAGGUUGGCCUGUCGCGGGGUCGUGGCUAUCCGAGGUAAGAUAGCUGCCCGGGGCGCUCUGUCCCGUCGGCUCAGAGCGCGCGGACGCCUUUCUGGGAGGUGGCCAGCGGCCGCAAAAGCCGAGUGGGACUCAGUCCGCCGGGGCGCACGGGUUCUGGGGCCCGCGGGGAUCUGGGGACAGGACUGGCCGCCCGCGGCUGGGGAAGAGCUGAUUCUAAGGGCAGGCGUGGUUCGCGGCAGCUAGGGCUCCAAGACCCUCAGCCAGCACCAGUGGUGGCGCGGGGCGUCUGCUGGGACUGGGAGGGAGGUUGGACCGGAAGGAGACAGGCGCAGGCGGCUGAGCUACUCCAGCCGCCGGCAGGCCGAGGGUGACCCCAGGACGAGGCCUAGCCGAGAUGUGCCAACCUCCCGGAGCCGCGGCCGCGCCUAGGGGUCCAGGGCCGCCGUCCUCCCCGAGGUCUUGACAGUUCUCGGUGAUGACACCUGCUCGGAAGCGCCUCCCGCCCUCCGCGGGCCAGGUCCUAUCAAGGAAUCCGAUCCAAAGCAGUGAGACCUCGCCCCUCCUGCCCGAAGAUUAUUUCUUUCCGGGACCCACUCCGAGCCACCGAGGCUGUCGGGUAGGAAACUCCUCGCAGAGUUGGUCCGCCCUUCUUCUCUGAGACCGCAAGGAGGUGCUAGGAAAACAUUAAAGAAAACAAACAAACAAAAACCCACCACAAACAACCGCGUCCUCCUUCUGCACGCUGUGGAGCCUCAAUAACUUCUGGAAGGAAAGUCAGCUACCUGAGAACCGUGACUGCUGCAGAGGGCAGUCUUUUUUUCCCUCUCAGUCCAUCCUUUUCGGGCCAGAGCCCUCUGUCACUUCAGAACCUGGACAGCGAUGACGUUUGCUGAGGACAAGACUUACGAGUAUAUCCGCCACCAUUACAGCAAUUUUGGUCAUAUUCAUGUUCUGGAGAUUCUGCCUUAUCUGUCCUGCCUCACAAUAAGUGACCAGGACCGGCUGCGGGCCAACUACCAGCUCUGGGGGAACCAGGGUACCCUCUGGGAGCUCUUCAACAGCCUUCGGCGGCGGACUGGCUGGGUGGACUCCUUCAUCAAGGCGCUGAGGAUCUGUGAGCUGGCUGGGCUUGCGGACGAAGUGGCCUCUGUCUACCAGAGCAACCUGCUCGGUGUCCCAAAGAACCACCAUGCAGCCCCACUCGAGCCACAGUUAGCUGCUGCCCAGGUUCCAGGGCCUCCCAUACCUGCUGCCGCCCCCAAUGCCCCCCACAAUGGCUACAGAGAGGAGGAGCCAAGUUUCCCCAUGUCUGUCCAGGAAACUCAGUCGCCGGAGUCCCUGGGAGAGAGUUCAAAGACAGUCCCACAGCCACCCAAUUCUGGGGCUGUCCUGAGGAGGCCAGCUGGCUCUCUGGAACCCUCCACUGACAUGGCAGCCUGCAGUCCUCUGACCUCCAGUGGGCAUCAGGAGCAGGACACAGAACCGGGCUGUGCCGGCACAGCAGGUGUGGCCUCCAGCCCCACAUCACUCCGUGGGCCUGUGUCUCCGACGGUCUCCUUCCAGCCACUGACGCAUUCCAUCCCCAGGUCAAGCCCCUUGCCAGGACCCUCAGUAUCAGCUCCACCUAUUGACACCUCCUCCUCUUCCCCUGGCUUGGCCUCUGCAGGGGGUGCUGGUGGCCAUGGUGAGGCUACUGUCUGCACGGGGGCUGGGGUGUCCGCCAGCUCACUGGCCACCAGCACAGCACCCUCCAAAGUGCCUACCAACUCAGCAUUUGAUAGAACGAUGCCUUCCAAGUUGCCUGCCAGCUCGAAACCCUCUGGUACAACGUCUACUAAUGUGCUCACCAGUCUGCCACCAUCCAAACUGCCUAUCAACUCCACACGUGCUGACACAGUGGCACCCAAGGUGCCUGCUGGUUUGGUGCCUGACCACAGGACGUCCACAAGCACAGUGCCCAGCAAGGUGCCUGCCAACACGGUGCCCCCCGUCGGGAGCAGCAUAUCCUCAGAGGAGACUCCUCCAGUGGCUCCAGAGCCCACAGGCACCUCCACCAGAGACAGCUUGCCCAGGCCCAACCACAGCUCUGCCACCUGGGGCUUCGAGUCGGAGCUGCUGAGCAAGCCUGGCAGGCUGGUCUCCACCAUCGACGAUGAGCCAUUCUCAGGGUGCUCUGAGGACCUGGCCCUCAGCUGCAGCAAGUCCUUGGGCACAGCGCCUGAGAACACCCCAGAGGAGAAUGAGUACCAGUCAGUGGAUUCCAUCAGGAUCCAAGUAACCCAGGAUCCCAGUGCUGACCUGACAGAGGGCAGUCAUCUCUGGACAAGAAGCAGACAUAGGAGCCCCAGAAGCCACUUCCAUUCCUGUGCUCUGCAAGAGACAGACAGCAGCCUGGGGAGAUACUGGGGUAGUAGCUGUGUAACCCCCCCCCCGCCCCCAAAAACAAAAACCUGUCAGCUGGCUCCUCAGAGGUGUCUGGCUGCUGCUCCUGUCCCAGAGAGGCAACAGUUGGGUGUGUCCAGGGACAGCUUGCCCGCUGCACCAGGGGCCUCCUCCAGGUUCUGACAGAUCUCUUCCAGCAGGCGGAAAUUACCCAACUGGGCCGGUUCAAAUUCCACAGCAUGUCUCCUGCUGUGACAGGAAUCUCCUAGGAAUGGAGUCAUUCAGGCCUUGAGGUCACUUGUUUUCCAUGAAGCAUCAUCACUAAGCUGAUGGCCAAGAAUUGCCCCCCACCUCCCCACAGGAAAAGUAGUGUUGGCGGUGGAAGUGGUUAUAUGGAUGAAAAUCAUACGCUCCCCCUGUGCUCACCUUUCUACUCUUUUCCUUGUAGCCUAGGGCCAUGAAGUUUACACAUGGUAUUGGGCAUGGUCACCCAGCCUUCCUCAUUCCAGCAGCUGCUGUUAAUAACAACAGCGAUAAUAAAAGGGCUACUGCUCACUCCAUGCCA